AUGGCUGUUCCACAUUUCCGAAAUGUUACAACAGCAGUCGUGUGGUGGCUGGUUGCUAUGGGAGACAAGAAAGUGACCAUGAAAAGUGUGGAGAUGCCGGAGGAGAUGCAGAAAGCGGCUAUAGAAUUUUCCAUCCGGGCUAUCGAAAAGUACAGAAUGGAGAAGGACAUUGCAGCCUGCAUCAAGAAUGAAUUCGAUAGAAAGUUUGAGCCAACAUGGCACUGCGUUGUUGGCAAGAAGUUUGGAAGCCUUGUAUCCCACGACCCUAACAAGUUCAUAUACUUUAACGUCGGGCAAACAGCUGUUCUUUUAUUCAGGGUCGGAUAA